UCAAAACAAAAUAUUGAAAUUUAGAAAACUGCAAAAAAAACAAGCCCAACUUUUGAAUUUAACUUACCGAAAGUUGUAUGUUGACUUCAGCAAUCAUUAAGAUAAAACGGACCUUUUACUAAAAAAAGUAAAUUUUAAUUUAAAUAGCAGCAAGCCACUAACAAAUGUAAAAACCCUUUAUUACCAAAUAAAUACCUACCACAGUCAAAAAAUAAAUAGCAACUAUUUUAUCAAUAGACGAACUAACCUCCCCACAUACCACCUGCAAACCUUUUGUUGCCAUAUCAACUGUUUAAUCAAUAAUUAAUUAACCUGUGAAUUUUCAAACUUCAAGCCAAAUUUGAACAUUUAGGCACAAAAAUGUCAAAACCCACCACCAUUAAAGAUGCAAUCAAAAGAUGGGAGGAAAAGCACCAAGGUGAGCAAAUUAGCGAAGCAUUAGAAGUGGGUUUCCAAUUCCAAUGGCCCCCUAUAGAAAAAAUGGACAAUUCCCUGUCAGUACUGCAGAAGUGUCGAAAACUCAGUCUGUCUACCAACAUGAUUGAAAAAAUUGCUGGAAUAAGUGCCCUAAAGAACUUAAAAAUAUUAUCGCUGGCAAGAAAUUAUAUUAAAUCGUUUUCUGGAUUGGAGGGUGUGGCAGAUACUCUGGAAGAACUGUGGAUAUCGUAUAAUUUUAUCGAAAAAGUUAAAGGGGUACAAGUACUUAAGAAACUCAAGGUACUUUACAUUGGAAACAAUAUGAUCAAAGAGUGGGGAGAAUAUGUUAAAUUACAAGAUUUGCCUUGUUUAGAGGACUUACUGUUUGUGGGAAAUCCAUUAUACGACAGUAUGGAAGAGUCGGUAUGGAAGCAAGAGGCAAUAAAAAGGCUUCCGAAUUUAAAAAAGUUGGAUGGUGAGCCAGUUGUUAGAGAUGAGGAAUAAUCUUCUAAGAUUUUAAAAAAUCGUUAAAGAAUGUUUGAAGUUUCAUUUAAAUAGGUAUUUUGGUCAUGAUAAUGAUUUUAAAUAGAAGUACCAUUAAUUUAAUCUAAAACAAUAUUAAAAAGCAUUUCCGACUAUAAUCUAUAUAUCAAUUGUACUAUAAAAAAAUGAUCAGAACUAUUUUAAGUAAUGAAAUCAAUUAAAAUUUUUUUAUAUAAUUGAUUAUAGUAAAAUUUCUAUAAAACUCCCUAUAAUCUCUUAAAGUGAGCUCUAUUUAGGAACAUAUUCAAGAAACAUCUUAUGUAAAUGGAACAUGAUUUAAUAAACUGAAAAUAAAAUUAACAAGACAUAAGAGCAAUAAAAAUAUAAAAGACUUUCUUUAGAUAUUGUUUUUUUAUCCUAAGAAUUGAGCUAAGCAAAUAUAAGUCCUUGACUUAAAUCCCAGUAAAGUAGGUAUCUGAUAAAAAAUGCGCACAUCUA